AACAAAACAUUCCCGAAUUCCCAAACCCCAAACUUGAUACUCUGCUCACUCUCUCCUCUCUCACCAACUACAAUCCCCACUGAGAUUCCGCCGAUUGACUUCCUACACCGGCCAUGAACAACCUAAACUCACUCUUGAACCAGCAACAAAUGUCAUCUCUCCACGAUGACUCCCAAUUCGAUCCGCCCCCGUCGCAUGACGACUUCCUCCAGCAAGUGCUAUCCAUGAAUUCCCCCGCCCCCGCCUUCCCCUGGGCCGACGACCAGCAUCACCAGAUCAGCAGCGCUGCCGCUAGAGCGAUGAUGCUCCAGCAGCAGUUACUCCUCUCCCGCAGCCUCGCCGACGCCAACGAUCUCCGCUCCCCCGCGGAAGCUGGCAACGGCUUCUUCCCCCUUCCCCGAGGCGAUCGCGACGACGUCGUUGACGGCCCCUCCUUCAAGCCUGAUAUCGCGGAAAAUGAAGCCUCCAUUCAAGCUCUCUUCAAUGGCUAUACUGGCUCCCUAGGUCAAACAACAAAUCAGGAUCAGCAUUUCACUUACUCUCAGGCUGAUAGUUUUGGUGCCUCGGCGUCGGCGGCGGCGCCAAGCCAACCGUCGGCGAUUGGGCAGCCUCGGCAGCGGGUGAGGGCCAGGCGAGGGCAGGCCACCGACCCUCACAGUAUAGCCGAAAGGUUGAGGAGGGAGCGAAUUGCGGAGAGAAUGAAGGCUUUACAGGAGCUUGUACCCAAUGCUAACCGGACGGACAAAGCCUCCAUGUUGGAUGAGAUCAUCGACUAUGUCAAAUUUCUACGCCUCCAAGUCAAAGUACUGAGUACGAGCAGAUUAGGCGGGGUUGGAGCUGUCGCCCCAUUAAUUGGUGAUGCAUCCUCUCAGGGAAAGAAGGAUAACGGAGGCGACAUGGCAGAAAAGGAAGGAAUGGCGACGGCAGAGCAGAAGGUGGCGAAGCUUCUAGAGGAGGACAUGGGUUCUGCCAUGCAGUAUCUUCAAGGAAAGGGUCUUUGCCUCAUGCCCAUUUCUCUUGCCACCUCCAUUUCCUCCUCUACUUAACACGGUGAGGCAAGGCCACAGACUCUAAACCAUUCCGCCCUCAUUUCUGGACGAGAACUUGCCUCAAAUAUGCUACUUUCCUUCACUUUCCUGCACUUUUGUUUCGCCACUGCUAUCGUAUUUUUAUUUCUUCUAUUACUUCCCUUUGAAGCCUAACUUCAUUAAAGAUUAGUUAGUAUAUGUUUUGGGUUGGACUAAAUUUCAAAAUAUGCUAACGAACCGUGACAUUUUAACUCAAAUAUAAUUUCUUUAAUAUAUGUAAUUGUUUGAAGUUAAUAUAUAUAUCCUUCUUUGAAUUAGCUAAA